AUGCAGCAUAGUGGAAUCAACAUGGCCGCCUUGUCUACUUCGAUUUAGCUUCCGCGUACACGUUUGACGUUUUAUAUAUUCUUCAAUAUCCCCGGCCUAUUUUCGACAUGACACUUUAGGUAUGGGGAAAGAACACGAUCUCCUGGAAGCUGCCCGAAAAGGAAACUUAGCUGUCGUUGAGAAGAUUUUGACACCGAAGAAGUCUGGACUUUUAGAGAGCCUUAGAAGAACCAAUCCAAAUUGUCAGGAUAGUUCUGGAUAUACCCCCCUGCAUCAUGCAGUGCUCAACGGUCAUAAAGAAGUUGCUGAGUAUCUAGUGAAGUAUGAGGCCAAUCCAAAUGUUGCUGAUUCUAAAGGAAGUUAUCCCUUGCACCUUGCAUCAUGGACAGGCAAUGCAGACAUUGUGAAAAUCCUAUUAUCUACUCAAAAUAUUAAAGUAAAUGAACAGAAUUCUGAUGGCGAUACGGCGUUGCAUUUCUCUGCUCAGUAUGGUCAUACUGAAGUUGUGGAACAACUCUUACAGAAACAAGGGAGACCAGCUAACAGAAACAAGUCUAACCACUCUCCGUUAGAUUUAGCGGCUCUCUAUGGAAGAGUCAAGACUGUACAACUCUUUAUAAAGGAGUAUCCGGCAUUGUUAGAGGACACUGUACCAGCACACACACCUCUCCAUUUGGCAUCAAAAAAUGGACACUAUCACGUAGUCAAACUAUUGAUAGAUGCCGGCAUCAACGUCAAUAUCAAGAGUGAAAAGGGCACUGCAUUACACGAGGCUGCACUGUUUGGUAAGCUGGAAGUGGUGAGAUUAUUAAUGAGCUAUGGUAUAGACACAACCUGUCGUAAUAAUGACCAACAAACCGCACUGGAUAUCGUUGAAGCACACAGCAUGGCUUCUCACACCUCACAGGAAAUUGCUGCUCUAAUUAAAGGUGAGAAAGAGCCAUUCCCUGAGCAGGACGAAGCAGAUGCAAUACAUGGAGCUCAAGAAAUGGAUCGUAGUGAGCUGGUUAAAACUCCAUACGACAAUCUCCCAAGCCCCGACUACCAGUCCAUUCAUGGUGGCUCUGAUGAUGAAAGCCCAAGUUCGAAAUUGGGUUAUCGUAAUCUUCCUCCAAUGAGAACGCCGCCACAGAAACCCGCCAGGCAUUCCACCGCCUUGAACGCUAAGCUAUUUACUGAUGUGCCUGAUAGAACUAGAACCGCAUCGAUGCCGGCCUCAGCGAGGAACAUUAAGACAAAUUCUGAACGUCGUAUUGAUAAAAACAAAACAAACGGUUCUCCGGGAACACAGCCAAACUCUGCACUUGUCAAAUUGGAAAUUGUGGAACCCCUGUAUGACGAGAUUCCUUCGCCUAACAAGCAGAAAGAAAGUGUUAAUAGGAAGAAUGAUUCUGUUUUGGUGUUUACUGAAGUGCCUCCCUCGUCCAAGUCUUCAGGGGUUAAGUAUGGUGCUACUGAGAAACCUCAGGAGAGGAUACUGUCUGAAGAAAUUACUUAUGAUGAAGAAGUAGCUGGUACUUAUGCUAAUCUCAAAAAAUUUCGAGAAGAAGCAGAAGCUGCUAAGUCAAAUAACAGUGUAGACCAAGGAGACUAUGUCAGACCUAGCAAGUUGCAGGAAAAAGAUCUCUUUUUAAAACAAGGGUUAUUAUAUCUGCAUUUAAGUUCUGCUCAAUGUUUUUUUUUUAUUUGA